CUACAACAUGACUAGCAUGAGCGCAACGCCACCCCCCACAGAACCAGACGAGUUUGAAGCCAAUCUAAACCAACUUAUGGUCGCGUAUGGAUGUGGCCUGGUCUUUUUUCUCGUCGGUUUUGCUUGCUGCUACCACUGGACACAACAUAUCCACGCGUCCCAAACCGUGUGCCACGUACCCGAGCUCACGAUGAUCAAGAUCAACACCAAACUCCUCCGUGGCCUAUGCGUGGCAAUGCUCUCGGCCCAGUUGGCCCUCUUCGCCCAUUCGAUUUCGCUGCCAGACAGUGGGAAAGCGGCUUCAUUGUUCGAUAGCCUCAAUCGUCCCCUCGGCGCCAUGCUUGGCAUCGCGUUUGGGUUUUCCACCAACUUCCACGCCAGCUUUCGCGUGUUUGUCGCGGCCUUCCUCGCGGCGUUGGUGAUUCUCGAUUCGAUCUCGGCAGUGCACUAUGUAUCCAUCCGCAUGUGUGCCAAGAAGGGGGCGCUAUGUUCGUCUUCCAAGGCGCUGACUGCUGACCGCCUCGCCCUCUUGAUCGCGCGAGACAUGGUUGGAAUUGCGCUGCAAGUGUGGGCCCUUCUAGUCAUAUCGUUCCUGUGCGUGUCCAUUGGCAUAUGCCAUUCAAGGUAUUCACCGCGCCAACUGUCAAUAAGCAGCCCGUACUCCAACAUCCGCGACCUCCUCACCAAGUAUCACCCCCACCUCAAUGUUAAACACAGCGUCUAAAUCAAGUUGUGGGGAUGAUUCCUCAAGUGUACAGUAG